AAUUGAUUAUAAUAAUUUAAAUGGAGAAAGAAGGAAACAGCACAGGUUUCAAGACUCUCAAAAAGAGCAAGGGCUCUCCAUCUAAGAAAAGGUUUAACCCGCAUCCCCCUGAAGAGCCCCCUCAAUUGAAGGAGGAGAAGAGGCUUCAUAAGAAGCUAUUGUCCUUCUCACCUAAGAAAGCAGAACCAGUAAAUAAUAAGAAAGUAGACUAUUCAGAGCACGAUAUUGAGCAGCUAUUGGCUGAUGAAGGAGUAGAAUUCAGAAACCCAGAAAAAGCUCCUGGCGGUUGGCUCCCACUCGAAGCAUACGACGAUGAUAGCUUUGAUACCAAAACUCCAGUCGGGUGGCUGAAGAAUAAAUUUGAUGGAAAACAUGUCAAGGCUAAAGGCCUCUGGAAGGAUAGAGAUGCUCUUUGUUAUUGGAGAGAGAUCCUUAUCACCAGAUAUUUUCCUAAAUCUCGAAGAUAUGAAGGAGUAUUUAAGCAUAUUAACCAAAAGGCUAAACUUCCAAGGAUUUUUAUUCUUUUCGAUGAUGAGGAUCCUAAGAAAUUCGUUAAAAGAUUCAAACAUGCCUACCAAACCAGAAUUUACGCUGACUCUUUGAUCAAGUAUUAUUACUAUAUUGAAAGCAUGCCAACUCUUGAAAUACAAGAUAUUGAGAGCGAGAAGAUCGACAGAAUUCUCAUGCUUACUCAGAAUACUAAGGCCUUAAGAGGUAAAAGCUCUGCCGACACUACUCUCAUGAAUGAAAUCCAGUUUGACUUCGCUAAGACAAUGAACAAGAUUAUUUUUGACAAGCACCUCAAGGAGAAAGGCGCUAGCGGACUUAUUACCGGAAGUUUGACUCUCCCUCCAGAGCCUCCGAAGGAGGAGACUCAAUACUUCGGAAUGAUCGAAAUUCCAGCACAUGACUACACAUCAACUGUGAGUAACUUUACUGCCUCAACUCUGCUCAAGACUCGAGAGGUGGUUGUAACUUUGCAUGAUAUUAAGAAAGAGUGUAAUGAUGUUACUCGAAGAGAAAUUUACAAUCCAAAUAUCAACAAGACGAUGGGUAUUGAAGACUUUAAGCAAAUUCAAAACUCCUCUAUCUCGCAGACAUCUUACUACUUAAGAGAAACCUGGGUCAAAUAACAUCAAGGACAUCAUCAAAGGAAACUUCAAUGGCCUUGAAGAUGGAUGGUUCAACCUAAAUGAAACUAAUAGAGAAGUCUAUGAGAUCGGUAAUCUGAAGAAACUCCUGACCCAGGUAAAAUUCAUAAUGCAAGACGCCUUAUUGAUAUUGACAAAGAAGUCUGUCAACAAGUUCAAAGACGCCAUUAUCUCAUUCUUGCCUCUCAGUUGUCAGGUAAACGAUUUAAAUGACAUUGUCAACAAGUUCGUCACUGAUGAGGAGCAGGCCAAGCUGGACGAGGACCCUUACCAUACCUCUCAAGAUCCAAUUCCUCUAUUUUCGAUCGACCUCGUCCUUGAAGAAGGAGGGGAAUCUCCUCAGUACUCUGUUGACCCAGGAGACGUUGUUUCAAACAUAAUGCAAAUCUUCGAUACCGGAAUUGAGAAACUACAGGAAGUCUCCCAGCUCGAGCAGAAGAUUAUGCCUCACCUAUUCAAGAAAGAAACUGGCAUGCAAAUCAAAGCCACCAAGAGACCAAGGACCGAGCCUGUCAAAGGUGAUCCGAAUGACAAGCGAGUAAUGGAAGAUGAAAACCUCUGGGUCUGGGAUGCCUACAGUCACCUCAGAAGUGAGCUAGUCAGAGCUAUUUAUCCCAUGGAUGACUUUAUAUCGUGAGAAUAUCUGGAGAAACUCAAGAAAACAGAGUACAAGCUCAACGUCGAAGAGUACAUCAAAGGCAAAGAUCCAGGCGACGAUGCAGCAGACGCCCCUGAGGUAGACGAGCUUGAGGAAGACGUCAGGUUCCACCAGCAGCAAGCUCAGAAGCUUCUGGAUGAAAUCCCAGAGUUCGCUGUUGUUUCAAUGUUCAAGAUUGACUGCAGAGACUUCAGAGAUCACUUGAGUGGAAAACAUAAGAAGAUUGCAGAGCUAGAAAUCGAGAUCAUCGCCAAAAGAGCAAAGCAAUCUACUGAUGUGCUUCUUGAGAAAUUCAAAGAAAUUCACGACAAAGUAAACAGAAAGCCUGAUCAUAUCGAAGGCCUCACAGCGAUCAAGGAAUUCAUGCAAAAGUGAGCUAACGAUCUGGACAAAAUGCAUGUAGAGAUUCUAGAAUCUCUCAAAAUUUAUAAUAUUCUUGAUAACUUCCACUACACAUUUGAAGAUGAUGAUGUGAAAAGAAAACAUCAAAUGCAAAAAUCUCCGAAGGACACUCUCGAUUUGAUUGAGAGGCAGACAAUGUACUUGGAAAAGGAAAAAGAAAAGUUGAUCAACCAAAUGUACGGAGACCAGGCUAACUUCAAAGCAGAGGUCGCCCAGCUGGAAACAACGAUUUCUACUCUCUCACAAUACAACCAAAUCAACCAAAGCCAGGAAGUGGCCGAGAUUGUGAGGAACACUCAUGAAAUAUGAAGAAGGCUCACUGAGAAGGCCAAGAGGUUUACCAACAGAGAAAGGCUGAUGGGGCUCAACGAGACUGACUACAGCAACCUCACUGUGCUGAGCAAGGAAUAUGAGCCAUACUACAACCUCUGGACGACUGCAGAUGACUGGUUUACUAACCACCGGUCAUGGCUCAACGAUCCUUGGGACGAGCUGGAUGCCCCUGACAUGGAAGAGAAAGUCAUUCAUUACGUCAAAACGUCGAACAAGGUGAUCAGGUACUUCAGAGAGAAAGAGCAAAGUGACAUUCUGAAAAUUGCUGAAACAGUCAAGGCCGACCUCGACCAGUUCAGGCCUCUCGUGCCAAUCGCCGUCGCUCUGAGAAAGGACGGAGUUUACGAAAGACAUUGGCAGCAACUCUCUGAGGCAGUUGGGUUUGAAGUGAAGCCAACAGAAGACUUCACGUUCCAAAGCUUGAUUGAGCUGAAGCUUGUUGACCAUGUUCCAGCUUGCCAAGAUGUCGGAGAAGUAGCAUCCAAAGAGUACACAAUUGAGACUGAGCUGAAGAAGAUGAAGGCUGAGUGGGAGUCCAUCGAAUUCUUCCUCGUCCCUUUCAAGAAGAGUGGAACUUACACUUGCACAGGAUUUGAUGAGGCACUGAACUGACUUGAUGACCAAAACAUGAAAACUCAGGCAAUGCAGUUCUCCCCUUUCAAGAAACCGUUUGAAGAUCAAAUCAAAGAAUGGUAUGACAUUCUGAUGCUGAUGACCGACACUUUGGAAGCUUGGAUAUGAUGCCAAGGUCAGUGGGCUUACCUCCAACCAAUCUUUGAUUCUCCAGAUAUCAUGAAGCAGCUCCCUGCUGAAAACAAGAAGUUCAAAGCAGUUGAUGCAAAGUGGAGGAGUGUUUUAAAGAGAUGUAAAGAAGAUCCAAAUGUCCUUGGAAUCUGCCAGGACCCUCAGCUGAAAGAAGACUUCCUCGAGUGUAAUGAAGACCUUGACAUCGUCCAGAAAGGACUCAAAGACUAUUUAGAGUCUAAGAGGGCAGUCUUUGCACGGUUCUAUUUCCUCUCCAACGACGACCUUCUUUUGAUAUUGUCUCAGACGAAAGAUGUGCAGAAUGUGAGGCCUCAUUUGAGGAAAGUGUUCGAGAAUCUUGCUGAUGUGCACUUCAACCCUGACAACACAAUCUCUGCAAUGUUUUCUUCUGAAAGGGAAAGAAUCGAAUUUGUUCAUGAGGUUGACCCCAAAGACAGAGGAGUUGAGUUCUGGAUGGGAGAUGUUGAAGAUAUGAUGGUUAUGAGCGUCAAAAACGUUCUCCUCAAGUCAAUAGAGAACUAUAGUGACGCUCCAAGAACAGAGUGGAUCAAGAGUCAUCCAGGCCAGUGUGUCCUGAAUGGGUCUCAGGUCCACUGGACAACCGAAGUUGAAGAGGCAUUCAAGAAAGGGAAGGAUGGCAUCAAAGAGUACUUCCAGAAGCUAGAGAGCCAAUUGCUAGAUACUGUGACUCUUGUCAGAGCAAAGCUUACUAAACUUCAGAGUGUCGCCCUCGGAGCCUUGAUCGUAAUCGAUGUGCAUGCGAAAGAUGUUGUCGAAAACCUGGCAGAUCUGGGAAUCACUGACGUUCAUUCAUUCGAGUGGAUUUCGCAGCUCAGGUAUUACUGGGAGAACGAUGAUUGCAGAGUAAGAAUGGCCCAGACUGACUUCCCGUAUGGGUACGAAUACCUUGGAAACACGCUGAGACUUGUGAUUACUCCCUUGACUGAUAAGUGCUACAUUACUCUCAUGGGAGCCUUGAAGCUGAACAUGGGAGGAGCCCCAGCUGGCCCAGCCGGAACAGGCAAGACGGAGAGUACGAAAGAUUUGGCCAAGGCUCUGGCAAAGCAAUGCGUUGUGUUCAAUUGUUCUGACGGUAUGGAUUAUUUGAUGCUUGGCAAGUUCUUCAAAGGACUCGCCUCUGCCGGUGCAUGGUGCUGUUUUGACGAAUUCAACAGAAUCAACAUUGAGGUCUUGUCUGUAAUUGCCCAGCAACUGCUCGUUAUUUUCGAUGCUAAAGCUGAAGGGGUCGAUGAAAUUACUUUCGAAGGAAGUAGAAUCCAAGUUAAGCCCACAUUCUCUGUCUUUAUUACAAUGAACCCAGGAUACGCUGGAAGGACUGAGCUCCCAGAUAACCUCAAGGCUUUAUUCAGACCAAUGGCAAUGAUGGUCCCUGACUACGCACUUAUCGGCCAGAUCAUGCUCUACUCGUUCGGUUUCAAGGACGCCAAAGUUCUUGCAGAGAAAAUGGUUUCUACCUUCAGGCUUUCCUCAGAGCAGCUGUCUUCUCAGUGCCAUUACGAUUACGGGAUGAGGGCUGUCAGGUCAGUCAUCAAUGCAGCAGGAAGACUGAAGAGAGAGGACCAAGAAAUGGAAGAGGAUAAGCUGCUUUUGAGAGCUCUCCGAGAUGUAAACGUUCCAAAAUUCUUAAAAGAUGAUCUCCCAUUGUUCGAGAACAUCAUCAAAGAUCUUUUCCCUGGCGUUGCCAAUCCUGAGAUCGAUUAUGGAGACUUAUUUGGCCAGCUACAUGCUUCUUGUGAGCACUUUAAUCUACAGCCAGAAGAAGCGUUCAUCAGCAAGAUUAUCCAGCUGUACGAUACAAUUCUUGUCAGACAUGGACUGAUGCUUGUUGGCCCCACUCAAGGAGGAAAGACCAGCAACUACAAAACACUGCAGCACUCGAUAACUACCCUGGAAGGGAGCAAUGGCUUCACCAAGGUGAACACUCACAUUCUGAACCCCAAGAGUAUCACGAUGGGGCAGUUGUACGGCGAAGUUGACAUGCAGACAACCGAGUGGAUUGAUGGAGUCUUAGCCAAAAUAAUCGAAAACUGUGCUUCGGAUGAGUCCCCAGAGAAGCACUGGAUCAUGCUGGACGGACCUGUGGAUGCGCUCUGGAUUGAGAGUAUGAACACUGUGCUCGAUGACAACAAGAAGCUGUGUCUGAACAGUGGCCAAAUAAUUCCUUUGACCGAAAGGAUGACGAUGAUGUUUGAAGUAGAAGACCUCGAAGUAGCUUCUCCAGCCACUGUGUCGAGGUGUGGUAUGGUCUAUAUGGAGCCAGUGGCACUUGGGACAGCUUGCUUGUAUGAAUCGUGGUAUAAUACUUUCCCUCCUCCCUUCCAGCUGAGCGAUAAAUUAUCGAAAAAGAUACGGAAAUAUGUAGAAGAUUACAAUGGUCAAGUCAUGGCCUUUGUAGGAAAAGAGCUGCAUUCACUAAUUGCUGUAAUGGAGAACAACUUAACCACCUCGUUCUGUAAGAUCCUCGACUGAUACUUCGCUCCUUACUAUGACGACGAGGCCCAUGCAAUCACGAAAGAAGAAAUAGAUGAGCUUGAGGCAAUGAUUGAGCCUUUGUUUGUGUAUGCUGUUGUAUGGUCAUUCGGCUGAACUACCGAUUUGGAUGGAAGAAAGAAAUUCGAUUCCAAGCUUAGGCAGUUACUCAAAGAAUUCAAAGGGCUCCCUCCUACGACAGGACUCGUUCAUGAUUUCUGCUACGAUAUCAAAAAUAAAGUUUGGGUUGACUGGCUUGAAACAGUUCCUGAGUUCAGUGUAAACACAAGACUAGAUUAUACAGACAUCGUUGUUCCCACCUCUGAUUCAAUCCGAAUGAAGUACUUCAAGAAGCUUCUUAUCUGACAGAAAAAGCACGUCUUAUGCCCAGGAGGCACAGGAACUGGCAAGACCGUCAAUAUUGAAGAGCUUUUGACAAAAGAAAUGCCCGAGGAAUACCAAUCUCUUGCCAUCACUUUCUCUGCCCAGACUUCAGCCAACCAGACUCAGGACGCUCUUGAUGAGAAGUUUGAAAAGAGAGCCAGAGGAGUGUUCGGCCCUGCCCCAGGAAGGAGAUUUGUAAUCUUUGUCGAUGACUUAAACAUGCCGAGCAAGGAAGAAUACGGAGCUCAGCCUCCAAUCGAGUUCCUCAGGCAAUGGCUCGACCAUGGAGGGUGGUACGAUAGAGAAAGCAAAGAGAGGAGCUUCAGAAAAAUCGAAGACAUCAUUCUCGUAUCAGCCAUGGGACCUCCUGGAGGAGGUAGGUCGCACAUCACUCCAAGAAUGAUGAGACACUUCAACAUUGUCACUUACACAGAUCCUCAAGAGUCAAGCAUCAAGCAGAUUUUCUCUACAAUCAUGAAAGGAUUUUUAGGAAACUUUAGCGCGGAUGUCAAAAACUGACUAGAUACUGUUAUGGAUAUGACUUACAGUAUCUACCAGAAUGUGGCAAAAGAGCUUAGACCGACCCCAGCCAAGAGCCACUACACCUUCAACUUGAGAGACGUCUCCAAGGUCUUCCAAGGAAUAUGCGCUGCCAGUCCGAAGAGCGUCGUGGCUGUCCCAGACCUGGUCAAAAUGUGGUGCCACGAAAACUACCGAGUCUUCAGAGAUAGAAUGGUUUCUGACGCAGACCGAGACACCCUGGAUGGACUUGUCAACAGAGAGUUCUCUGAGAAGCUGAACAUCACCGAAGAGCAGAUCCAUGGAGGAGGAAGAAUCAUCUUCGGAGACUACAUGAGAGGAAUUGAUGCUGACCCAAGAGAAUACGAAAUAAUUGAAGAUGUUGACAAAAUGAUUUCUCAAAUGAAGCUGUUCCUUGAAGAGUACAACGACGGCGUCAAGCACCCGAUGAAGUUGGUCAUGUUCCUGGAUGCAUGAGACCAUGUCUCCAGAAUCUGCAGGAUCUUGAGACAGCCAAAAGGACACGCCUUGCUGCUUGGAGUUGGCGGAUCUGGAAGGCAAUCGCUCGCACGCUUGGCCACUUAUGUUAACAACUAUUCUUUGUUCCAGAUCGAAGUGACGAAAGGAUUCAACAUGACGAUGUGGAGAGACAGCCUCAGAGAAUGUCUGAAGCAAUGUGGUGUAGAGGGCAAACAAACUACUUUCUUAUUUGCUGACACUCAGAUUGUCGAUGAGCAGAUGCUCGAAGAUAUCAGCAAUGUCCUCAACUCAGGGGAUGUUCCAGGCUUGUAUAAAAUAGAGGAUAUGGAGGAAAUUAAUGAGGUUGGGAAAGAAGAAUGCUUGAGGAGAGAUCUCCCACUUUCUAAGAUGAACAUGUUCUCCAGCUAUCUUGCCAGAGUCAAGAAUAAUAUCCAUUGAAUAUUGGCAAUGAGUCCGAUGGGAGAGAUCUUCAGAGCAAGACUGAGAAAGUUCCCAUCCCUGGUAAAUUGCUGUACUAUUGACUGGUUCACAAACUGGCCUGAAGAAGCUUUGCUCGAUGUAGCUAAGGGAGGAUUGCAAGAUACCGAUCUUGGAAUAGACGAUUACUUCGACGGAGUCACAGAGAUGUUCAAGAUCAUCCAUCAAAGCGUAGAAAGUAUGUCUGUGAGGUUCCUUGACCAGGCGAGGAGACAUAAUUAUGUCACUCCAACCUCCUAUCUUGAACUCCUUAGCUGCUACCGGUCCGUUCUGAGAGAAAGAACUGAAUAUUUCGGAGGCCAGAAGAGCAGGCUUGAGAGAGGGCUUAACGUCCUUGCUGAAGCUUCUGUGGAAAUUGCAAAUCUCAGAGAAAUGCUAGAUAAAAAGCAGCCAGAGCUCGAAGCCACCAAGAUAGAAGUAGCUAAGACUAAGGACAUCAUUGCCAAGGAAUCUGAAGCUGCAGAAGAAACAAGAGUUGUCGUUGCUGCUGAAGAGCAAGAGGCUGCUGUACAAGAAUCAGAGGUUGCUGCGAUUAACAAAUCUGCGCUUGACGAACUGGCCAUCGCUGAACCAGCUCUCGCUGAAGCCACCAAGCAGCUUAAGUCUCUUGAUAAAAACUCAUUCUACGAAUUAAAGACAGCGCCAGUGCCAACGGCCACAGUGGUGAAGAUGUUUGAGAUCACUUGCAUAUUUAUGAGGGCCGGCAAAGCAAAGAAACCCAAUGAUCCGAAGAAGGCUGAGCACGACCCCGAUGGCUACUUCGAUUUAGCGAAGAGGCAGCUGCUCAACAACCCAACUGAGUUCCUUGCAAAGAUGCUGAACUUCGACAAAGACAACAUUCCAGAUGCCCUUGUUGCGAAAGUCCGCCCAAUGCUUGAGAAAGAAGAAGUUUCUAUUGAAAAUGUGACAAAGGCCUCCAAAGCCCUGAUUGCAGUCCACAUCUGGUGUAACGCCAUGAUCAAGUACCACGACGUCCUCAAAAUCGUCAACCCCAAGAGAGAGCUUGCUCGGGAAAUGGGGGAGAAGCUGGCCAAGGUCCAGGCGGCCCUGGCUGAGAAGAGGGCCCAGCUGAAGGCAGUCAACGAUAAGAUCGCAAGUCUCGAAGCUGAGUUCAAGCAAAUGGUUCAGAAAGAGAAGGACUUGAACCAGGAAAUCACCGAUUGUAAGAAGAAGCUGGAAAGGGCAGAGAAGCUCAUUUCUGGCCUUGAAGGGGAGAAGAUCAGAUGGAUAGAAACUGUGAAGCAACUUGGAGAAAGGAAGGACCUUUUGGUUGGAGACUGACUCGUUGCAGCAGGAAUGGUGUCUUACUCAGGAGCAUUCACAAUGGACUUCAGAGAAGAACUUGAACAGUCAUGGAAUAAGCAUGUUGAGAGACUCAAGAUCAUCCAUACUCCAAACAUUAAGAUGAGCAAGGUCUUGGGAGAUGAUAUUACAAUCAGAAUUUGGAAUGUGGCAGGCCUUCCGAACGACGACCUCUCUGUUGAAAAUGGCAUAAUCAUGUUUAAAUCGAGGAGAUGGCCGCUAAUGAUUGACCCUCAGACCCAGGCAAAGAAAUUCGUCAAGAACCUUGGCAAGAAUCAACCACAGCCUAUCCAGUCGUUCAAACCAUCCGAAAGUAAACUCUUGAGAAACAUCGAAAUCGCUAUACAGCACGGAGGCUGGAUUCUUCUUGAAGAUGUUGGAGAGGAGCUUGAUCCUGCUUUAGAGCCGGUCCUUCUUCAGCAAAAAGUUAAAACUGGAAACAGUUAUACAAUCAAAAUUGGAGACAAGACUAUCGACUACAAUGAUGACUUCAAAUUCUUCAUGACCACUACUUUGCCAAAUCCUCACUACUCGCCAGAGACCUCAGUGAAAGUGGCCAUUCUGAACUUUGCCAUUACCCCCAAAGGGCUAGAAGAGCAAAUGCUUAAUCAGUUCAUUCAGCUUGAGAUGCCAGCGCUCCAAGAGAAGAAGGACCAGAUUGUAGAAGACAAUGCCCUAGCUUCAAAGCAGCUUAGAGACAUCGAAGACAAGAUCCUGCAUGGACUGACCAAGAACGAGCAGAUCUCACAAAUCCUGGAAGACGAUGAGCUGAUUGUGACGCUCGAAGCUUCAAGGAAGACUUCUGCCGAAAUUGGCCAGAGAAUGAAGGAGUCUGAAAUUACCGAAAAGGAAAUCGAUGAAAAGAGAGAAAGCCUUAGAGAUGUUGCGUAUAGGGCUUCGCUGCUGUUCUUCUGCGUCACUGAUAUGUCUACCAUCGAUCCAAUGUACCAAAACUCUCUCCAGUGGUUCCAGGCUUUAUUCCAGAACGCAGUCGCCGGCUCUCAGCAAUCUGAGGAUCCAGUCGAAAGAACCCAAAUUUUGAACGACUUCUUCACUCUGGCUCUGUACGAAAACGUGUGCAGAGGUCUGUUCGAGGAGCAUAAGCUUUUGUUCUCAUUUCUCCUGAUUGUGAAGAUCUUGUUCGGAGGAAACCUCAUCGACCCAGCUGAGUGGAGAUACUUCCUAGCAGGCCCAAGCGGAGAAAUCGAUAUUGUUCCAAACCCCACAGACUGGCUUGACGAACUCGAAUGGGUUGAAACUUACAAGCAGAUCAACGGAAUGAGCGAACUACCUGCUUUCAAAGGAAUAGAUGAAUACUUCAUCGAAUAUCACAAGAGGUUCAAGAAGAUAUUCGACUCGGCUGAUGCUCACGAGGAGCCUCUUCCAGGGGAGUGGAACGAGAAGCUGAAUUCCUUCCAGAAAAUGAUAGUCUUAAAAUGUAUCAGACCUGAUAAAAUGGUGAAUGCCAUCCAGAACUUUAUUGUCGAGAAGGCUGGGCAUAAAUUCAUUGAGCCUCCUACUUUCGAUAUCUCAAAAUCGUACAGAGACUCCAGCUCCAAGAUGCCGCUCAUCUUCAUUCUGAGUUCAGGUACAGAUCCAGUUGCAGAUUUCAACAAGUUCGCAGAAGAAAGAGAUAUGGGCGAUCGGAAGAACACUAUAUCCCUCGGACAGGGAAUGGCCAAGAGAGCAGAAAAUAUGAUCAGGGAUGCCAAAAUAAAUGGAAAAUGGUGCUUGCUGGCGAACUGCCACUUGUCGAUUUCGUGGAUGCCAGCUCUGGCAAGAGAAGUGCAGCAGCUCGAUGAUGAAGUGCACCCAGACUUUAGAAUGUGGCUUACUUCAAUGCCAACUCCGAAAUUCCCAGUUUCGACACUUCAGAACUCAGUUAAGAUGACCCUCGAACCUCCAAGAGGGCUGAGAGCAAACUUAAGAAGAUCCUACACUGCUUUGGACGACAGAGAGCUUAACAGUUGUAGCAAACCAGUUGAGUUCAAAUAAACUGCUUUUUGGAUUCUGCUUUUUCCAUGCCAUUGUUCAGGACAGGCGUAAGUUUGGACCAAUCGGCUGGAAUAUCAGAUAUGGGUUCACUACCGAAGAUUUGACAGUAUGCCGAAGACAGUUAAAGAUCUUCCUGGACGAGAGUGACGGCGUCCCCUAUAAAGUACUUAGGUAUUUAGGAUCUCAGAUUAAUUACGGGGGAAGAGUCACAGAUGACAAAGACAAGAGGCUCAUCAGCACAAUCAUGGAGCAGUACAUCACCCCGGAGAUCCUGCAAGACGGAUAUAGCUUCUCGGUGAGCGGCAAGUAUGUGUCGCCAAAGGCUGGAUCUCAGGAGCAUUAUCUUGAAGAAAUUGCUAAACUCCCUUUGGACCCAUCACCAGAAGUAUUCGGAUUACAUGAAAACGCUCAAAUAACAACCCAGCAAGCUGAGACGAGAGGCAUGCUUGCUACUAUCUUGUCUAUCCAGCCAAGAGCUAGUUCUUCAGGAGGAAAGAGUAGAGAUCAAGUGAUAAUGGAGCUUGCAAGGUACAUCGAAAGUAAGACUCCGAAACCAUUCCCAUUCGAAGAAGUAUUCGAGAAAUACCCAACGCAGCUUACUGAGUCCAUGAACACGGUGCUCACUCAGGAGGUUUUGAGGUACAAUAAGCUGCUGGACAUCAUGACCACAACUUUGGCAGACAUCCAGAAGGCUCUUGUCGGAGAGUUAGUAAUGAGUGAAGACCUCGAGAAGCUAGCAAAUUCACUGUUCGAUAACACAGUUCCGGCUCCCUGGGAAGCCGUUGGUUUCCUGUCUCUAAAGCCGCUAGCUUCAUGGGUGCAAGAUUUGAACGACAGAGUGAAGUUCUUAAGUGACUGGAUAGAAGGUGGCACUCCAGCGGUCUUCUGGAUUAGUGGAUUCUUCUUCCCACAAGCUUUCUUGACAGGGACUCUCCAAAAUUAUACGAGAAAGCAUAUUAUUGCUAUUGAUGAGUUGUCCUUCCAGUUUAAAAUUUAUGAUGACAUCUCUCCGCAAGACGUGAAAGAGAAACCAGAAGAUGGGUGUUAUGUGCAUGGAAUGUAUAUUGAAGGAGCAAGAUGGAACUCUAGCACUCAUUUGCUUGACACCUCAAGACCCAAACAGCUUUAUACUGAGUUGCCAAUGAUCUGGUUCUUGCCAAAACAGAAUAGAAAGAUCCCAGAGACAGGAAUCUACAACUGCCCAGUGUACAAAGUGCUUUCGAGAGCAGGUACACUCUCAACUACGGGUCACUCAACGAAUUAUGUUUUAAUGCUUGAGCUUCCAACAAAGGAGAAGGAAUCUGUAUGGAUCAUUGCUGGAGUCGCUGUAUUCCUAGCAUUAAGAUAUUAGUUGCAAGUAAAUAAUUCCCUGCCUUAACCAAUCAGAAUGAUUU